AUGAGUCAAAGGCUUGAGUUGCUCUAAAAAUAGAUGCCUAGCUUCUAAUAUACCGUUGAUGGAGGGAUUUUAACAAAAGAAGAAAGAUAAUUUUAUGAGGAAAACGGUUUCUUAGUGGUUAGAUAAAUGUUCUCACCUGAAGAAAUCAAAGAGUGGACUUAAAGAUUCAAAGAUUAUGCAGAUGGAUAAUUAGAACGCAAAUACGGAAUGUAAGUCGUAAGAGACAUUUCAUUGGUGAAAAGAGGGGGAGGAAAAUAAUGGGGAGAAGAAGCUAUAACAAAAAUAUAGGACUGGUAAGAGGAUGAAAUAUUAUUCAAAUUUUGCUAAAAUCAAAAAGUUAUCUAAUAUCUUAAGAGUCUCUGUGGACCUGAUAUUAAAUCUGUUCACACAAUGUUCAUUAACAAACCACCAAAUAUGGGAAAGACUUCAAGACAUCCAAUUCACUAGGAUCAAGUAUAUUUUCCAUUUGGUCCAGCAGAUAGAAUAGCGGCCGGUUGGGCAGCUCUUGAAGAUGCCAAUAGAGAAAAUGGAUGUUUAGUUGUUUAUCCUGGUACUCACAAAGGUAAUUAUGCUUCUGUAUCAUUAGUUGGUCCUGUUGAACAUUGUUAUCCUGAUUGGAAAGAAGGAGUUAAUAAAGCUUAUUGGGGAGUUAAGGAUAUGCCUCCUGAAUCUGCUCCAAAAAUUCACUUAGAAAUGAAAGCUGGAGAUAUAGUUUUCUUUCAUCCAUAUCUCUUUCACGGAUCAGGAGAAAAUAGAGUAUUUUAUAUAAAAUAAACUUUAGUCAAGCAGUUUUAGAAAGUCAAUUUGUUGUCAUUUUGCAUCUGCAAAUUGCCAAUACCAUGAUAUAAAGGGAACUUUUCAUGAAAAUUUGGCAAAUGACAUCCUGGCAUAUGCUUCAAAGAAAUUCGGCCAUGCUGUCAAUUACUUAGAUAUUUGGAGAUUUAAAUGCAGAUUGGUAUAAGGUAAACCUGAUCCACUAGGAUUGUGA